GAAGCCGAGACAUUCAGGCGCGUCCGGACCCUCCUUCCCCACAUUUGACUCGGCUGCCGGCCGUGCGAAUCCUCGUAGCCCGAUGAUGAUAAUGAUAAUGAUGAUGAUGAUAAUGAUGAUGAUGAUGAAGCGAUGCCAAGAGCGACGAAAUGGAGGAAAUUGAGUUCUUCGCGCCGCUUAGAGCAAACUCCGAUUAACUUUAAUUCAAUCGACAGAAUUAAUAGCGCGGAAUGCGCGGAAGAAAAUUUCUGACGGUGCGAUUCGCGUCGCCCCCAAUUCAAUCCCUUUUUCCAUACAUCAAACGACAAAAAAAAAUUCAUAAUUCUACUCAUCUGUGCUGUUUAACGAAAUAACUGUUAUUACUUGAUAAGUUAAUCACCGUUUAAAUUUAUCGUAGCUCAUAAUUAUUCCAAGAGCGAUCAAAACUCCAAUUAACUUGAUCGGCGAUUAAACCGAAUCGAAGUCGAUCUUAACUGCAGAUAUAGGAGCGUGACUCAUCGCGUUAGGCAUGACGAUGGAAAAUAACGACGAAAACAUAGAAGAAAUAAAAAUGUCACGGGAGAGUCAAUUUAUCAUCGGAAGUAGAUAUGAAAGGUCGUGGGAUGCGAUGCACGUGACAUCGAGCGUCAUCAGAUACGUCACAUCUUACAAUACCGUAAUAGAGGCAGAAUGCCAAGACGAUAUGCUCCACGGUCACGGAACUAUAAUUUGGCCACGUGGACAAACAAUGGAUGGUAUUUGGAUUUGCGGAAAAAUGGAGCAAAGACGCUAUACGUUCGCGGACGGUUUAUCGUAUCGAGAAAACGGAUGGGAUUAUUGCAUGUUUCCCGACAGGCGAUUUUAUAAUUGCAUAGUGCAUGGAUUAAGACCAGCCGGGGAAGUGCUGAAAACUAACGACCAGCCCACUAAAAUUAUUCCUCCGUUCUGCUACGAUACCGGUGAUGGGAUAUUUGACCCAGAUAGCAAUUGCAUAAUGCCGUACCAUAAUUGUAAAAAAAUACUGAAGAUUCCGACGGCAACAGAAAUUGAAUGGAUAAAGCAAAAUUGCCGAAAAGGCUGGUCAGAGCCGGUUGGCCAUCGGGAAUGGUUUAACGAAUACUGGCACUCGGGAGCGGCGGAUUUUGCAACUUUACCGCCAGACGACGAAACGGAAAAUUGGUGGCAAAGGUGAUAAAUACAAGUAUUUUAAAAUACAAUUUAG